AUGUCGAAACACGGUAAAUCGCGUUUAGAGUUAUUUUACAUGAUGAGUGUUGGGAUGUACAUUCCCGACUUUGAUACAAUGAAGUUGUUUUGUGCCGUGAGUAAGUCCUGCAAAGACGCACUCCACGCAUUAAAAAUCAAUCCGAAUAUGGAAGAUACCAUACACUAUCGUUCAAUUAUGACUAUAAAAGAACGUCAGGAAUUUUUCAAGAAGGAGUUGGCAUUCUUUGAGAAGACAGAGACGCUCUGUGGACCAUUUUCAAUGAUCUCAAAAUGGCCUGAAGCUGAUGUUCUAAAAUAUCAACUCUUCAGUCUUUACUUUGAUGGUGCGGGGUCGUUCGAACUCUUUUCGAAGAUUCAGCCACGUAUCACAUCACUCGAGUAUGUCUCUAAUGGGAUGUUUGAAGGCACUGAUGAAAUGCCACUCUUGAAAAAGUUCAAAGCAGUCUUCUUGCCAUCCCCACAAGACCACACUAUCGCUAAAAUACAAAAAAUGGUGUCGGGAAAAGGUUUAAAGAACUUGGAAAGUUUUGUCGUUGUUUGUUAUGACUCAGUCUCUAAGUUCUUUCCCCUCGUGAAGGAUUGUGCAACUGCACAUCCAGAGUGUAAAAUUGGUGUCUUGGUCAAAGGAAGUGUUGGAGAAGCUGAUUAUAUGAAGUUCCAACCUUACGCUUAUGUGUUGACGACUUCUCCAGAGGCUAUGUUUUAUGGUGUUAUCGAGAAAGAACUUAGAGUCGUUUUGUCAAAAAAGUGA